UCUAGGUGUUCCAGCUUGCAGAGAAGGUGUGCGAAUGGUAUUCGACCGAACGCUCUCGAAAAAUUUAUAAUGUGAAAAGCAAUAAUUCUUUGAUAAGUAAUUUUUGCGUAUACAAUUGUUUUCUACCAUAAUACCUAAGUCCGGCUCUGUUACUUGACGGUACCGCUGCUCUUCAGAACUUCAGAUAACAUGCCAAAAGCUUUGGACGGUCAGCCAUUCGCCUAAAUCGGUGGCAUCAAAUGAUGAAUUUGAGUUCACUGACCGCAGCUCUCUGCAGAAAUUCAACUAAUAUCAUGCUCUUCUGUGAAUUGUGUUUAGCUUUAGAUAGUUAAUCAUUGGAGUGAAGGUAUGUCAUCAACUGAAACAACUGCCCUCUUACAGACUGACCGCAAUUCUGCAGCAUCUUAUACAUCCUUGAACCAACAAGAUCCCACACAAAACAAGAAAUAUGUUGUCGAGGAACCACGGGAUAGAUUUUUUCUUGUACAUUUUUUGUUCCUGCUCUUCGGACUUCUUCACCUGAUGCCACUUACCUUCCUAAUCACUGCCAAUAAUUACUGGAUGCACAAGUUCCGUAACGUUAGCAUGGAACACCAAGAUGUGGAAUACAGAUCGCCCUUGCAGAGGUACUUCACAGCAGGAACUGCCGUGGCUGAGGCAGUACCUACCAUUGUUUGCACGCUCCUCGCCACUGCGUAUGGCCACAAGUUCCUGGUGCGAUCUCGGAUUUUCGUCACCCUAUCCGUCAUAGCCGCCUGUUACGUACUUUGUACCAUCUUUGUCAAGAUCAAUGUCAACUCAUGGCAGACUGGCUUCUACGCUUUAACGAUGGCUACGCUUGCUACAAUUCAAACAAUGUUAGCAGUAUAUCAAGUUACUUCGUUAGUGCUUCUUGCAAAAUUCCCUGGCAACUACAUGAAGUUUUUUCUGUUUGGGGAAGGAGUUGCUGGUAUAUUCACAUCUUCUCUGCAGGUUGUGUGUUUGGCAAUAGGCGGUGAACCAGAAACAUCUGCAUUGAUAUAUUUUUGCACUGGCACGUUUCUACUCAUUUUGACACUGGUUAUUUUCAAGGUGGUUAAAUAUCUGGACAUAUACGAUUAUUAUGUAACCUUGAACAAAGAAGAUACGAAGAGAAAGACUCAUUCUUUCACUGAAGCAAUGAAGGUUGCUCGAGAGAUCUGGCCUUGUCUGGUUAUCUUCAUGACGUAUGUGGCCACGUUAGCCGCUACUCAUCCCUCUGUCACCUCAUUGGUCAUCUCCGAAAAUGCGGGAAAAGGAUACACAUGGAAUGAUAAGUAUUUCGUACCAGUGAUUACGUUUCUAUUUAGUGACGUAUGUUCCCUGUGUGGCAGACUUUGCGCGACUGGUUUUUUGACGAUACUGGGAGUCGCAAUACUAUCAUCCUGCAACAAUGUCAAAGAGAAAUUGAAAGAGAUGAGUCUCACAGCUUUCCAGAUGCUUACAUUCCUGCCUUUGAAACGACCUUCGCUUUUAGAGGAGGAAGUAUACGAUGAUAUUUUAGCAUUUGAGCAAAUGGUACUGAAGCGGGUGGACUUCAAAAUUGCUGGAUUCUUUGUCUUGGAUAAGCCGGUAAUCUUUGCCAUGCUAGGUUCUGUCACAUCUUAUGUGAUCAUUUGUUUUGGUUUGGAUAAAAAUUUUCGCUCAUUUACGCAGGCCAAGGGGAAUGGCACUAUCGUACUCACCUACUAAGAUAUGGAAGCAUUGACUGUUUACUUGUAAAUUGAGCACAACUUUCCUCUAAAUUGGCAAAGCUUAGGCGAAACCAAAUACAAACCUCUUGUAGCAGCGUGCAUACCAUCUCUUGAAUUUCCAAGCAAGACCGGGCUAGAAGAACCGAAGAACCCAGGGAAGAACCGCACUCUCACACAAGUCAAUGUUUCUGUGAGUUGUUGUUGGCGACUUCAAUCUACAUGUAUAACAGAUAAGUACACAGUAGAACCAAAAAGAUUUGCCUGAUUUAUACUACCCGUUGCUAUCUUCUUUACUUUCUUCCCUACCCUCUCCCUUCCUUCUUCCUCCAUGACAUCUGAUAUCAUCUGGGCAACGAAAUCUGAGGUAUCUAUUGACCACGAAGACUAGAGACAGGAAUUUAAACAAAUAGA